AUGGGCGAAGAAAUUAUAACAGAAGAACAAUGUGAAAGAAUUCUUGCACGAUAUUUGUUGGAUGAAAAUGCUGUGAGCGAGAUACAAGAUUCGAAAAUAAAGGAAAAUACCAACAUAACCUCUUUCUCCAGUCGCCUUAUCGAUAAUCAGUGUGAAGGGUUGAUAGGAGAACAAUUUUUUCUCACGAUAAAAUAUCACUACAAACUUGAAAGUAAACUCGCUAGUUUUUUUGUGAAAAUAUUGAGUAAAAGUAACGGAAUUAUGUACAGAAUCGCAAAAGAAAUAAGAGCCUUCGAAAACGAAUCGUUUUUUUACGGAAAGUAUAUCCCUUAUCUACAAGAUGAAGGUUUUCCUUGUACUUAUGUACCAAAAAGUUAUUUUUUCGAAUCAGAAAUAAUCGUUUUGGAAGAUUUAGUUGGAUCAUCCUAUAAAUCUCUUGGAAAAAAUGUAUCAUUGGAUAUAAAUCACUGUUAUAAAUGUUUGGAAACUAUCGCUAGAUUUCAUGCUGACUCAAUGUUAUUCGAAUUGAAGAAAUCCAAAGAUUUAGCUUGGGAAUAUAAAUUAUCUGAAGCGUUUCCUGAAGUUUUCGAGCAUCAUAUAGAAGAAGAACAAAACGUAUUGGUUGCAAAAUAUUACGAAUACGGUAUCCGGGGUCUGAAGAAACUCAUCGAACUUCUACCAGAGGAUACGAUAGAAGUAGAACAAUUCGUCAAAUUAUUUGAGGAAACCAUUCAUAAAAUACCCGAAAUUCAAGCAGAAGGCAACAAAAAAUACAAAACCGUCCUUACUCACAACGAUCUUUGGUGCAGUAAUAUCCUGUAUAAAUAUGCGAAUGAUAAAAAUGUGGAGUCUUGUAAACUCAUAGAUUUCCAAACUAUCACUUUAAAACCUCCAAUAGUAGACGUAUUGGGUUUUAUUUAUUUGAAUACAAGAAAAACUUUUCGAGAUAUUCAUACGGUCGAUCUCAUUAGUCAAUAUUACACAUAUCUCUCAAAAAAUAUAGAAGCAGCUGGUUAUAACGUUCAAGAAGUUAUUAGUUUCGGAGAAUUUCAAAAAUCGUUCGAAUUUCUGCGUCUAACUUGUAAGAUACAUUGCAUUAUCGAUAGAAGUUUCACUUUGAUUCCCGAUGAUUUGUACGUUGAAAAUUCGCGAUCCGAAGCAACGUUUUCAAAUUUUAUUUUCGAAGGUCGUCCCGAUAUGAUGGCGAAACUUUUCCGACGUAACGAUGUAUAUAAAGAAAUUAUGACCGAAGAAUUAUUUGAACUGAAAACACUUUUGUUUGUCGAGAAUAGUUGA